AUGGGCGCUGAUGCAGCGAGCCCCCUGCUGGAAGCGGUUAUCAGGACAAUCAAUGCAAUCCCGCGGACCAUGUAUGCUGCCUCCAUGGACGCGACACAGAAAAUCGCUGGCAAGCUGCAAGAGUACGCCGAUGUGAUGGGGGGAUCCUAUGUGAGUGGCGACAAGGACACGCGUGGCCUGGUCGUGGAGAGGCGGCACCGCAGGCUCAGAGGGCCGCCAGGCCGGUGGCGCGACCUGCCGCCUGAGAUCUUGGCCACCACUGGUAUGGGGAGGCGGCACGGGGUCAGCCACACCACGCAGCAGGUCCUGCAGCUUGAACCGCAUCUUCAUGCUGACAAUGGGCAUCAGCUGGGGUGCAGUGGUGGUCAGACUCGCCUUGAGGUCCACGGACGAUCGGGACAGCUUGCAGCGUCCAGGCCCUUGGCCAAGAAGGCCUGUAACUGGCUCAUGUGGUCUUCGCCAGGCGCACCACCUUCAUAUGCAGCCGCUCCAAGGGGUCCGCUCAGGAGCUGCAUGGACACCCUGCAUCACGCCAUGAGCGCUGCUUUUUCCUUCACCGCCGUGCAGAAGCACUGUGUCGGCAGCCAUGCCGAAGAACGCAUCCACAAAAACGUGCACACAGGCCGCGACGCCCUCACCCUUCAUGGAGAACACGUCAGCCAGGAGGGAGAGCGGUGGAGUUUGUCCCAGAUGACUGCCCUGUUCGAGCCGUUUGCCUUGUUGCCGUGA